GUAUUAACAAUGCGAUAGCAGGCCUCAAUGUGGGCCACUUCACUUUCCAUAAAAAUAAGCUAAGUCCCCGCCAAAUGAUACUCUCUUGUAUCAAAAUAUUGAAGACACAUUGAACUGUUCUCCUAGAUAGAUUAUGUGUGAAAAAUCGUGGUCGUCACGGCUGGGAUGUUUCUGAUUAUGGGUCUGCUCGGACAGUGCUGUUUUUGAGCUAAACAAUCAGUAACGACUAGCUAACGAAAGAACCCCUGUAUGGUUGUUUGUAUAUGUUAGAAACAGCAGCUAAAAAUGUUUAAAUCACACCCUACAAUCAUAGGGUAAGUAAAAAAUGCAUUACAUAUUCCUAUAUAACGGUAAAGACAGAAUGGCCACGGCUGGAAUGCAUCUCUUCAUGGAUCUGCCGAAUGAGGGUUGACCUUAAACUAAGGUGUACCAACUAAGCGCCUAAAUUAGAAGUGGAGGACCGACUAGCCACAGUCACCUUUCAGUUAAACACCACCCAACCUGUAACCUAAUGAUUGUGUUAAAAUGUCACUAAUUUCUGGUAUGUGUGGUAUUACUUUAAAAGCUUGUUCACUGCUCAUUUGUUAUUUUGGCUUAGGUGAACUGGGUAGUGUGUAGGAGCAACAGUAAUACGAAGGUGUAUUGUGACAGAUCGCUGCUCUUAAUCGAUUCAUUCACCUAUAUGUUUGUUGUUCAGUGCUGAAUAAUCUUGUAGGAACAUCGUAUAUAGAAUUUUGGUCAGCUCAGUUGUUUAGUUUUCUGUAGCAAUUAUUCUGAAAUAAUGGAUAAAGUAAAGCAUAUAUUUAAGAUGCGGAAAAAUACCUACGAAAUACAUGAUUGGACUAAAAUAGAUGAGAAACUUUUGAAAGCAAUCCAGAGUAAUAAUAUUGAUAGAGUAGAAAUACUACUGACCAGAAGAGCAGUAAUUACAACUAAGUUAGGACCAAAUGGAUAUUCUUGCUUUCAUGUUGCCUGUGCAAAUGGUCUCUCAGAAAUUGUUAAGUUAUUGAUAUCUUGUGGGGCUGAUGUGAAUGCUUGCAACACUCGAGGUUAUUGUGGAUUACAUUUAGCCUCACAUAAUGGAUUUCCUGAUGUUGCAUCUCAGUUACUUAAGGCUGGUGCUGAUAUUGAGCUUAAAGAUAAUCUUGAAAAGACUGCAUUACAUCAUGCCUGUAACACAAGCUGUAAAGAUGUAGUUGAAGUUCUCAUAAGAAAUAAAGCCAAUGUUAAUGCCUUUGACCAACAGAAGGAGACACCUUUGUUUUACUCCUCAUACCAUGGUCACUUAGGAAUAUGUAAACUUCUUGUUGUAAAUGGUGCUGAGAUCAACAGGCGUGACAAAGACAAAGCAACUCCUUUGUUUUUAGCAACACUGCAGAAACAUGCAGAUGUCUGUGAAUACUUAAUGCAACAAGGCGCUGAUCCUCAUUCUAUGACUGAAUCUGGAAUGUCACCAUAUAAGUGUUCUCAAACAUCUGAGUCAACUGAAAUCAAGAAUCUUUUCGGAAAAAUGGUAACCCAAAGAAAAUUUAAUUCAACAGAUUCUCGAGAUAAUGCCACUUAUGAAACUUUGACUACAUCAUAUGAAAGUGAUAUGAGUUUAACAUCAUCAACACACCCUCCAUCAGCCCUAAGACUAAAUUCUUCAGAGGGGUCUCAGGGGAGCGAUCUACUGGAUGAUAUCACUAGCAGUUUACAGGGUCCAGUUUUUAUGACUGUUGAUGGAGCAAAGAAGAUGCCUAGAGUUGAAACCCUCUCUUCCAAUACAGAAGCAAAAUAUUUUACUAUAAGUGAACCAGAGAGUCCUGGAAUCUCUGACAGAGAUAGUAUAAUGUCUGAAAAUUUAAUAACAAAGACAGAUUUUGGAGUAGCCCAUGCCAGCACUGGAACAAAAAAAGGAGCUGACACUAAAAUAUCCCUUGGAAUCUCUGAUAGUGAUAGCCAAAUGUCUGAAAGCUUGAUAACAAAGACAGAUUUUGGAGUAGCCCAUUCCAGCAUUGGAACAAAAAAAGGGGUUGACACUAAAAUAUCCCUUGGAAUCUCAGAUAGUGAUAGCCAAAUGUCUGAAAGCUUGAUAACAGAGACAGAUUUUGGAGUAGCCCACUCCAGCAUUGGAACAAAAAAAGGAGCUGACACUAAAAUACCCCUUGGAAUCUCUGAUAGGGAUAGCCAAAUGUCUGAAAGCUUAAUAACAAAGACAGAUUUUGGAGUAGCCCAUUCCAGCAUUGAAACAAGAAAAGGAGUUGACACUAAAAUACCCCUUGGAAUCUCUGAUAGUGAUAGUCAAAUGUCUGAAAACUUGAUAACAAAGACAGAUUUUGGGGUAGCCCAUUCCAGCAUUGGAACAAGAAAAGGACUUGACACUAAAAUACCCCUUGGAAUUUCAGAUAGUGAUAGCCAAAUGUCUGAAAGCUUGAUAACAAAGACAGAUUUUGGAGUAGCCCAUUCCAGCAUUGAAACAAGAAAAGGAGUUGACACUAAAAUACCCCUUGGAAUCUCAGAUAGUGAUAGCCAAAUGUCUGAAAGCUUGAUAACAGAGACAGAUUUUGGAGUAGCCCAUUCUGGCAUUGAAACAAGAAAAGGAGUUGACACUAAAAUACCCCUUGGAAUCUCAGAUAGUGAUAGCCAAAUGUCUGAAAGCUUGAUAACAAAGACAGAUUUUGGAGUAGCCCAUUCCAGCAUUGAAACAAGAAAAGGAGUUGACACUAAAAUACCCCUUGGAAUCUCAGAUAGUGAUAGCAAAAUGUCUGAAAGCUUAAUAACAAAGACAGAUUUUGGAGUAGCCCAUUCCGGCAUUGAAACAAGAAAAGGAGUUGACACUAAAAUAUCCCUUGGAAUCUCUGAUAGUGAUAGCAAAAUGUCUGAGAACUUCAUAACAAAGACAAAUGUUGGAGUAGCCCAUUCCAGCAUUGGAACAAGAAAUGGGUCUGACACUAAAAUAUCUCAUGAUAUUUUAACACAAAAAUCUGAUACUGAACUGGCAUUCUUUAACACUAAAUCAACAGAUGUAGAUAUAACACCAGUAUAUGAUGAUGUCUUAAACACUCAGCCUAAAGUAACACCUGCUAAUAUGAGUGAAGUAUAUGACGAUAUCUUAAACACUCAGCCUAAAGUAACACCUGCUAAUAUGAAUGAAGUAUAUGACGAUAUCUUAAACAAUCAGCCUAAAGUAACACCUGCUAAUAUGAAUGAAGUAUAUGACGAUAUCUUAAACACUCAGCCUACAAUAACACCUGAUAAUACGAAUAAAGUAUAUGAUGAUGUUCUAGACAUUAAAGAUGAAAAAAUACAUGAUGUUAGUGACUGGACAAAAAUUGGAAGUGAACCACUAUAUGCUAGUAUAAGAAGUGUCCAAGAUAAAAAACCUGCAUACACAGCUAUAGAUUCACUAAAUACUGCCCCUGAGGAAACAUACAGUUAUAUUACUGAACAUGACUAUGAGGAUGUCGAGAGAAUGAAAGCAUCAAGAGAAAUGAAAAUAGAUAAAAAUGAAGGGUUUCCAAAUAGAAAAGAAGAGUCCUCUGGUGAUAAUGAAACAGACAGUGAUACAGAAUAUGAAUAUAUCAUUACACAUAAAACUACAAAAAAUGAAAAAGAAUUGUCAAGAAAUGAUUUGACUUUAACACCAGGAAAUAAUAAACUGAAAGAGACCAGACAGCAUCAAGAAGACAUAAUUGAAAAAUUAAAAUUGGAGAUAAAGAAUAUAGAAAUCCUUCUUUCAGAAGAGAAAGAGAAAAAUGCCAUUCAAAGAGCAGAAUGUGAAACAUUACAAAAUAUGUAUGAAGCCACUCAGCAACAGAAAUCUGUCAGAACAUCAGAAACGCAAACAGUGGACAUGAAUGACAAGAAUCAGAAUAAUUUUGAACUGCUUGAAGAAAUCGAGUCUCCAACAAAGGGUAAUGAUCUGAAAGAAGAGGAAGAAAUUGUGGUUACUACAGACUCUUGGAAAGAGAAUCAGUUGUUAAUAAACAAUCAGAAUCAGGGCCAAGAUUCAGAAACCCAAGCUGAUUUCGUUACAGAUGAUAAAGUUAAUGAUCUACUAGCCAAAAAUGAAUGCUUGCACUUUCAAAUUGAACAGUUAUCUUUUCAAUUAAGUAAAGUUUAUAAUCGAUUUAUGAGGAAAGACUCUGAUGAGAGUAUUGACAGUGGGCAAGACAGUCAGUUAUCUCCAAUACAGCAACAAAAUGACUUACUAACACUGGAACUUGAACAACUCAAACAAGAUUACCUGCUUCUGCAAAAAGAACACCAAGACCUAGUCAAUGCUGGGGACAUACUGCAAGAGGAUUAUGAGAAACUCCUUGAAGAACGGGAUAAAAUGCAAGAAGUCCUUGAAAAGGUAACUAACACCAAAUGGGUAGCCCAAAAUGAAAUAGCUGCCUUGGAAACAAAGAAUGUUAUUCAAGAAAUCCCUGAAACUAUUAAUCCUAAUUUUGAGAACUGGGAGCAAGGCAAGCAAAAUAUAAUAAACAAGCAUUCAGACACUGAUUUAAGAACGAGUCAACAGAGGAAUCCAGAAACAGAGGAUGUGAUAGAAGAAGAUGGGUUAAAAAGAAGUAUUCAACUGAACAGCUGCUCAGAAGUUCUACAAGACCAAAGUAUAAUAUUGAAUCAUUUGCAGACACUGAGGGAUGAAAACAAAAAAUUAUUCCUGGAGAAAGAGAAUGUUAUUGAAGACCUUGAAAUAUCAUUCAAUGAAAACAGUGAGCUAAAACAAAAAUUAAAUGCAGCAAUUGAAAACUAUAGCUUGUUAGAGAAAAAUUAUACAUCAUUGUUGCUUGAAAAACAAAAUGUGGCUGCUAAAGAUAUUAGUGGCCUUGAUAGCAAGAAUAUUAAUGACAGCAGCAUUCGACUACACUCUAAUCAACAAGAACAACUUCAAUUAUACCCCUCCCAGCCAAAUGAAAGGUCUAUUCAAACUACAGAUGAUAACAACAUUCAACAGACACUUCCAAACAAUAGUUCAGAGAAGGAACAGAUUGAUAUACAGAAAUCGAAUCAGAUCGAAUUACUGAAGGUCCUUAUAUCACAACUUCAGCAAGAGUUAAUAGAUUCAGAGAAACGCUAUCAAGAAACUGUGCAGACUUACCGUUUACAUUUAAUCAGUGCUAUUCAGGGCCAUAUUGAUCCUGAUGUGAAGAAUGGAUUGUUUAGUAUCAUUGAAAUGAGAAGUUUAGAAGGACACUGUUGAUUUGAUUAUCAUUUAUUAGAGAAACGUUGUUUUGAAGUUUCCUUUGUGGUCAACCAAACAAUCAAAUCUAUUUCUUGCUUUGCCAACUUCAUCAAUAAUCAACAUUCUUCAAGAAAAAGAUCACAUACGCAUAUAUAUAUAUUAUAUAUAUAUAUAUAUAAUAUAUAUAUA